AUGAAUUCUAUGCAACCAUGGCGGUUACCCGGGCGGCUCGUCACUAAAUCCAAAUCCCGAGUCCUCGGCAGAGGACGUAGCUUGUCUUCAAUGGCGCCGCGAUCCGAGCAGCACGCUCAAAAGAUUGCUGUGGUGGGCGGUGGAAUCACGGGCCUGACUGCGGCAUACUAUGCUGGCAAGCGAUAUCCUUCGGCCUCGAUUACCCUUUUUGAAAGUUCCCUUAGACUUGGGGGGUGCAUCGAAUCGACGUAUGUGCCCAUUGGCAAAGAUACUGCCAUAGUUUGUGAAAGGGGACCGCGAACUCUUCGAGCCAACGCUCCUCGUGCUCCCGCUACGUACGAUCUCAUCGAUGCCCUAGGUCUUAGGGAUACUCUCAUCUCUGUACCAAAGCAUUGUCCAACAGCCGGUAGGCGUUAUAUCUUGUAUCCAGAUCACCUCGUCUCCAUACCGGCUUUUAACCCCGCACCGAUUUGUCGCCAUAUAGCUUCUAUCCCGGCGCCUUCCAUACCACGAGCACAACAGCUUCUGAGGGUCCUGUAUGUACUUACAACAGAGCCCCUCUUUGCUGGUCUUUUGAAACACCUGCUUCGGAGCGCCUUCUUUUCAGAAGGGCGCCCUACAGGUAUUCAGGAUGAAUCCAUGGGGGGCUUUCUCGCUCGAUAUUUCGGACAUCAUUUGGUGGACAAUAUAGCCUCAGCCAUCAUGAAUGGCUUAUGUGCUGGCGACGUAUAUCGCCUGAGCGCCAAAGCUUUACUACCCGGUUUAUGGGAGCUUGAGGAAAAAUUCGAGGAAGAGAAGAAGAGGGGCCGUGGUGGUUUGCUCAGGGGGGAUGGUUUACCUUUGGUUGUCGGGUACCAGCAACGGGAAAACGACUUGUUAGCCAAACUGCGAAGGGGACCUGCAGGGGAAAUUGAAACUAGUUUGAAGGACACAAGCGUGUUUAGCUUUAAGAAAGGACUACAGGAGUUGCCGUCAGCUCUCGAAGCCGCUCUAGCAAGAAUGGAAAAUGUGCACUUGCAUACUGGAACUUCCGUGGAAAGAAUUAGCAGUUGUGACGAUGGUUUGGCGCUCUCCAUUUCAACCCAAAAUGGAACCACCGUUCAACACUUUACGCACGCAAUAGCGGCGACAGCGUACAAUCACAUCAUAUCUGCCGCCGACCUAGGAAGUUCAACCAUGGCCACAGCGACGGUCAUGUUGGUUACUCUCUGUUUCGCUACCCCUUUUCUAAAUCACCCACAUCAAGGCUUCGGCUAUUUGAUUCCAAACUCCGUGCCAGCACGUCAGAAUCCGGAACAUGCACUCGGAGUCGUCUUUGAUACUGACGCCAUGCCGGAACAGCAGCCUUUUUCCCUCCCUAACUUAGGUAUCCACCAACGUCAGCAUAUACACAAUACUAAGAUCACGGUGGUCCUCGGUGGCCAUUGGUGGGAGGGGCUCAAUGCGGAUACAUUCCCAAAUGAAACUGCAGGUGUAUGGAUGGCGCGACGACUACUCCAGCGACACCUAGGCAUUACCGAGGAUCCCAUAGCAUCGAUAGUGACUCUGCGAAAAGAAGCAAUCCCUCAAUAUGAAGUUGGUCAUUGUGAGAGGAUGGUGCGGUUGCACAAAUCGUUACUAGGGCGGUUUGCAGGCCGGCUGCGUGUAGCGGGUGCUUCGUACCGCGGAAUUGGGGUGCACGACUGUGUUUUUUCUGCGCAGAGCUUGGUUGAGGGGUUGGAGCUGGAAGAAUUGACGGGGUUGGAGUGCUUUGCAGGCAAUUGA